UGAUGGGUUAGAAGAAAAACAGGGGAAAACCUUGUGUGUUGGGGAAUGAGUUUCUUCUUGUAUUUGUAGAUUAAGUCUUGUUAGCGUUGAAAUUUUUGGCAGGAUGUUGGUCGGUUAAAGAGCUUCUUAGUUCAUGCACCAAAUUAGGGAAAGAGGGAGUUAUGACCACUCUGAAGUAUGUAGUAAGAACAAAUGCAGGCUCCAAAGAAUGCCAUGCCCGACAUCUCGGGGUUAUGUUUUCCUUCAUUUUGAGUCGGAGGAAGUUCUCCAACCACGUCUUUCGAUUGGGGAAUUACAGAAAUGGAAAUCACUUAUAAGUCAAUUUACUUGAAAAUAAAUACGCGUGCACAUUAUGCUCAUGUGGUGUAUUUCCAGCAUAUCAGAAUACUGUAUAAUUUUAGAGAAGAAAAAUCAUAUGAUGAAUGGUGUUUAGCAAAUCGGGUAGUUCAUUCUUGCGGUGCGAAUAACACCUCAAUUUUAUAUAGGCCACCAAGAGGUUUGAUUACUCUGUUGAUAAGAGAUUAGGUUGGAUAUUGUUUCCUUUGGUGAGUUCUAGAGUAACUUUUGUGCUUCGUGUUCCUGUCAAUACCAAAAACGAAAAAAAAUGCGUGACAUUCAUAUUUAUCCAGUUCAUGAAAACUGAGUAAUGAUGCCUACAUCUGGUUAAAAUAUAACUUCAUAUGCUUUUUUUUUUUUUUUUAUAUUGAUGUUUGGACUUUUUUAAUUGUAAUACAGAGAUUUGUGCCUUUCUAGGACAUAAAUAUUAUAAAAUUUGAUCAUAUGAUCAGUAACAUUGUUAGUCAUUUCAAGGUUCUUCUAUGAGAAGGUUGUCUGAAGAACACGAGGCGAUGAUGCGCACGAACCACCUCCACCUCCUCCUCCACUGACCCCCGUGACGCCGCUGUACAUGGCUCGCCGUCGCCGUCGCCCGGGAGAAGAUGGAGGCGUCGACCCGGAUGUCGGGGCCGGACUUCGUCUCGAGAGCCCACACUUCUUCAAGAUCAUUCUCUCCGACACCCUUGAAUCCGGGAAGCUCGGAAUCCCGAAAAAGUUCUUAGGAAGAUAUGGAAAGGAUCUCUCAAGCUUGGUGCUACUCAAGGUUCUGGGCAGUUCGCCCUGGACUAUAGGAGUAGAAAAGUGUAACGAUGACGAAGUUUGGUUGUGGAAAGGGUGGCGAGAAUUUAUGCAGCAUUACUCCAUUGGUCACGGUCACCUCAUAGUUUUCAAAUAUAAAGGGAGCUCCACUUUCCGCGUGAUGAUUUUCAACAAGAGUUCUUCGGAGAUCGAUUAUUCAUCGAGCAGCAUAUCAAACCUGGGGAGUGGAUUUAUCUCGCCAGAGUGGGAGGAUGUGAUAGAAAUGGAAGAUUCGGAGGAUUCCGCAUCUCAUCAAAAAAUGAGGGUUGAAGCUCAUUCACCAUGUUCUCAGCUGAGUCCAAGCUGCUCAUCACAAGAUCUUGAAGAUGGGGCUGGGCAGUCUAGAAGCAGAGCUAGCCAUUCUAAGCCGGUUUCUGGUGGUUCUAUGAGUCCAUGGCCUCUCUCUAGUUUUGAAUUGGCUAGCAAAUUUGACUCAGAGUAUCCUUUUUUCAAGGUGGUGAUGCGGCCAUCUUAUAUGAAGAAGGAAGCGUAUGUUCCUCGUAGGUUCAUCAUUCAGCACAUUCUGGAAAUCAAGGAAAUCGUGACUCUUAGGCAUUCAGGCAGAUCGUGGCCGGUGAAGCUUUGGAGCAAUCCACAUUCAGUCCAUGGGGCGGCGUUCUCUUCUGGUUGGGGCGCAUUUGUGAGAGGAACUCGCUUGCAUGUAGGAAAUGUCUGCGUGUUCGAGCUGAUUGAUAGGGAUGAUAUUGUGUUCAGAGUCUACAUUUUCAGUAGCAAAGGCACGUGCAAACAGUCUAAAUGCAGAGCGAACCAUCUUGAGCCGGUAUUUCAUGACCCUACUCCUCCGAGGCCUCUCACUACUCCUGAAUUAGCCAGAGAUUUUGAUUCAGAGCAUCCUUUCUUCAAACUGGUGAUACGGGAAUGUCAUUUGAAGACACUGAGUGUUCCUGAUCGAUUCAUCAAGCAACAUAUUCGAGAAAACAAGGGAAUGGCAACUCUUAGGUAUUCGGACAGAUCAUGGCCGGUGAAGCUCUUACGAUGUAAAAAUAAAAAGAUGGCGUCAUUCUCUGCUGGUUGGAUUGCAUUUGCGAGAGAAACUCAUUUGUGUGUAGGAAACGCCUGCGUGUUUGAGCUCAUCGAUAGGGAAGAUAAUGUGUUCAAAGUCUCCAUCUUCAGCGACGGCGGUAAGGACCAGAUUCACAUUGAUUGAGGUGAUUACGGGACAUGUUACUUUAGGCUGUUCGCAGCGUCAAUGUAAAUCCAGGAUAUCAAAUUAUGCUUCCUUCAUCCAGCAAUGGCAGAUCGAUGAAACGGAGACACUUUUUUGUUCAUGUUUACUUGUUUUUUGGUGGUAGUUUCAGUUCUAUGGUUCCAUUUGGGAAUAAUC